AUGUGUGGCUAUGGAACUCUUGAGGAGCUUCUUGAGGUCAUAACAUGGGCUCAGCUUGGAAUCCACGACAAACCAGUGGGGUUACUGAAUGUAGAUGGAUACUACAAUUCGUUAUUGUCUUUCAUUGACAAAGCUGUGGAAGAAGGCUUCAUUAGCCCCAAAACUCGCCACAUAAUCGUAUCUGCCCCCACCCCAAAAGACUUUGUCAAAAAGAUGGAGGAAUAUUCCCCACAACAUGAAAGAGUUGCAUCUAAGUUAAGCUGGGCAUAUGAGCAAAUAGGAUGAUACACCUCAAAUUGUGACAUCUCAAGGUGAUUAAUUAGAUAAUGAUGAUACAAGAAGCUUUAUUAGUGUAAUUAAUUAAUGACUUAAAGCUAAGUAAAACUAUUAAUUAUUGUUGAUUUGUUGUUGUUAUGACCAAUGUUCCCUCAAGCUUGGAUUCUAUCCUUUAAUUUGUAUUUUUUCUUGGUGAUUAGUGUAAGUGUUACAAAACUAACUGAAAUCUUAAUUAGUUGUCAACUCAUAACUCUUAGUAUUCU